CUUACCAUUUUAGUUUGGCACGGACAGUGGGAGAGUAAGAACCUUACGCUCCAAAACAACGCAAAUUAUACAAAAGUUAUAAGAAUAAAAAAAAAUAAAAACAAAACAAAAUUAAAAACCACAAUCGAACUACACCAAUUUGAGUAAUCAAAACAAAGACAAGACAAAAGAUCAACAAACAUAUGUCGUUGGCCACCUACCGGUCAACAGCUGGGGGGAAACAAUGAGAACGAUUAGUCAGCGUUCAGAGACAUCGAUGUGCGGCGAUAUUGCGACGUUAUCGUUGCUUUUGCUGCUGCUGCUGGGUUUGAGUGAUAUUUUGGUGGUGGCCACCAAUGUAGAUUUGAUUACAAGUUGCUCCAAGUCUCGCCCCUCUUGUCUGCUGAACAACAUAACAGACUCCUAUGAAGACCCUUUGAAGGUUUCCAGCUUCACAGCUCUCGCUGAACUGCAAGAACUGGUAAUACGUAAUUCGGCCUUACGUCGCAUACCCAAGGAUUUGUUGGAACAUGCGCCCCAUUUGAAGAGAUUACUCAUGCAUAACUGUGGUCUAAACAGCCUCACCAGCCGGGAUUUCGAUUCCAGCCAAGGCCUCAAAGUUUUAAACCUGCAACAAAAUUCCAUAUUCACUUUAACGGAAAAUGUCUUUAGGGCUUUGCGCCAGACCUUAGAGGAAUUGUAUCUCAGACAUAAUGCCAUGAGAAUCCUACAUUAUCGAGCAUUUGCUGGCUUGCAGAAACUGAAAUAUUUGGAUGCUAACCACAAUGGCAUAAACUCAUUGACUGCUGGAAUGUUUGAUGAGCUGAUAAAUUUGGAAUAUAUGGAUUUGAGUUAUAAUCAAAUUGAGAUGAUUGGCAGCGGAACUUUUGGCAAGAAUCUCAAGCUGUCGUCCAUAAUUUUAAGCAACAAUAAGUUCAGGGUUUUCGAACCCAAUUCAUUUAGUCAUUUACCCCAUUUAAAGCUGCUGGAUUUGAGCAAUACCAAUCUGGAGGAUUUGCAUCUUCAAACGGUGGAUUUCCUACAACUAUCUGAGAGUGGUUUGAAAAGCUGUCACCUGGCAGGUGGAAUUGUUAGACUAAUGGCAGCAAAUAAUUCCUUAAAGGGGCUGGACAUCACCGACAAAUUGUCAGUGCAGGAAAUACAAAUGCAGGGCAACCUCUUGGAAUCCCUAGAUGAUUUCCAAGGCAUGCUGAACCUACAAAAGCUGGAUGUCUCUCACAACCGUUUAACCAGGCUGAAGUCUAGCGUGGAAAAGUUCUUCUACAUGGAAUUACCCAAUUUGGAGCAACUCAAUAUGGCCUGGAAUCAUUUGAGAAAUUUAUCCAAUCAAGAUUUUCUCAUAAUGACCAAAUUGUCUACUCUGGAUCUAGGCAAUAAUCAUCUCUUUGAAUUGGCCAUUGAAAGUUUGGAACCUUUGAAAAGUCUCCAUUAUCUGCACAUUGAAGGCAAUCAUUUGAUGGAAUUCGAUGUAGUCAAUCUAAAAAAGAGUCAUGCUCUACUGCAAGAAAUCAGUCUGGGAAAUAAUGACUGGGAUGAGGCCUAUCAGCAAAAUAUCUCUGCCAAACUUCAGGAACAACAAAUAAAGGCUUUAAAAGAACGUUCCUCUGGUGCUACCUUGAAUGCUUCCUUGUCCAAGGAGGUAGUUUUACAAAUCCCCCUAUCAUCGCAGUAUGGGGAAAUGCAACGUUUGGUAGGUGUUUCGGGCAUACAUCCAUAUUGGACUUUAAAAGAUAUCCUGGCCCUGGCUACUCUCAUCAUAGUUUUGAUCAUAUUAUUGCUGCAGUUUUGGAAUAUUCUUCAGGAGGAGCAAUGUUGUCGACGCUCAGCAAAUCGUAAUGCAGGUGAUGCAGAACCUUUGGUUCAUAAUAAUUCGGCUUUUUAAGAAUGGCAAGGGGAGAAGGAAUCUGUUGUAGAGGGCGUUUUUUGCUUUAAGAAAAAUCAUUUCAAUCAAACGAUAAAGAGGAAGAAGUUAUAAGUAGGUACUUAUUUGUAAUUUUAAGAAAAAUUUUGGGAAAACUAAAACCAAAGAAGGCCAAAGUAAUUGAUUGACAAGGCUCCCAUAAUUUCGAAAAAAAAAAAAUUUUUUGCAGAAUAAGUUUUGUCCUUUUUUUAUCAGAAUUAAAUAGUUUUAGCUUAAAAAUUAUCCAUAUAAUGUCACAACUCGCAUAUUAGGUUAGGUCAAUGCUUCAUAACAUCUUUCCCAUUGUAUACAAGUUUAUAUUGCAAUAAUUUGAAAACUUAAUUUAACUAAGAAAACAAGCUAAUAAACUAAGAAAAGCUUUUACAUAUAAA